AUGAAUGUGUAUAUUGGACUACGUCUCGACCUGAUUGUGAGUAUCGCUGAAUCAUCGAAUGUGAAGAUGGGUACAGAGAUGAUGAACGUGGAAAACCUGUUUGAGACUGACCUGGACGUUCCUGCAACAGAAGAUGAAUGGUUGGAUACAGUGAGAUUAUAUGAACAAAAAUGGCAAUUUGAUCAUUGUUUGGGUGCUAUUGAUGGUAAACACAUUAUUAUUGAGAAACCGGCACAUAGUGGAUCUUUGUAUUAUAAUUACAAGGGAUCUUUCAAUAUAGUUUUGCUUGCAAUUGUCAAUGCAAAUUAUGAAUUCUUGUACGUACAUGCAGGCAUAAUUAUGAUGUCGAACAACACACCUUCCGACCAGGAGAUUGGUGACAAAACGAUAUCUCCAUCGGUCUUCGUAGUGAAUGGGAGCGCACAGAAGUUGGGAGACAAGUUCGGCAAAUAUUUACUCAUCACUUUAAUGGCGAAGGUCGUGUUGAUUUUCAAGAAAGGAUGA